GGAAAAGGGGGGGUUUGUCAGAGAGGGGCAACUCAGAGGGAAAACCUCAGUGCAGGCUGCAUGAAAGUCGUUAGUUUCUCAGAUCUCCUCCCCUGCAUGAGUGUUAUUUAGUGAAACCUGAAACGGCAGCAGGCCUGAAUUUACUCACGUCUCCAAUCUGCUGUCAAACAUGAAAGGACGCACAGAUGACCAGGAAAACAUGUCUAAGGUGGAACCCUCCAAUGGGCACAGCAGGCCUUUGGACAUCGUGCCCAGCACAGAGGAGAAGAUGAUAGAGAGGGGUCAGUGGGGAAACAAAAUCGAGUUCGUUCUGUCUGUGGCUGGAGAAAUUAUUGGCCUGGGGAAUGUGUGGCGUUUCCCCUACCUUUGUUAUAAGAACGGAGGAGGUGCCUUCUUCAUCCCAUACCUCAUCUUCCUGUUUGCCUGUGGAAUCCCCGUCUUUUUCCUUGAAACGGCUCUGGGUCAGUACACCAGUGAGGGAGGCAUCACCUGCUGGAGGAAAAUCUGCCCAUUAUUUGAAGGAGUGGGCUAUGCCACCCAGGUUAUUGUUGCUCUGCUCAACAUCUACUACAUCGUCGUGUUAUCCUGGGCCAUCUUCUAUCUGUCCAACUCCUUCACCUGGGAUCUGCCCUGGGCCUCCUGCAACAACUCAUGGAACACAGAUUCCUGUAUGGCAUUUCAGAGGGGGAAUAGCUCCAUCAAUCACCAUGAGAACACCACCUCUCCUGUCAUUGAGUUCUGGGAGCGAAGAGUGCUGAGAAUUUCCUCAGGUAUUCAUGACAUUGGCUCUCUGAAUUGGGACCUGGUUGUCUGUCUGGCCGUUGCCUGGGUCAUCUGUUACUUCUGCAUCUGGAAGGGAGUCAAGUCUACUGGCAAGGUGGUUUACUUCACGGCCACCUUCCCUUAUGCUAUGCUACUGAUCCUGCUCAUCAGAGGGGUCACGCUGCCAGGAGCCAUGAGGGGAAUCCACUUCUACCUCUACCCUGACUUGGGACGUCUGUCUGAUCCACAGGUAUGGAUGGAUGCUGGAACUCAGAUCUUCUUCUCCUAUGCCAUCUGCCUGGGUUGCCUCACUGCCUUGGGAAGCUACAACAAAUAUAACAACAACUGCUACAAGGAUUGCCUGUCCCUCUGUUUCCUGAACAGUGGGACAAGUUUCAUUGCAGGUAUCGCCAUCUUCUCCAUCCUGGGCUUCAUGUCCUACGAGCAGAACGUGCCCAUCUCAGAAGUAGCUGAAUCUGGUCCAGGCUUGGCCUUCAUAGCCUACCCUCGUGCUGUGUCCAUGAUGCCUUUCUCCCCUCUUUGGGCGUGCUGCUUCUUCAUUAUGAUUGUCUUUCUGGGAUUGGACAGUCAGUUUGUGUGUGUGGAAAGUCUGGUGACAGCCAUGGUGGACAUGUAUCCCUCCACCUUCCGUCGUAAAAACCGCAGGGAGCUCUUCAUCCUGGCUUUGGCUCUGUUGUCCUUCUUCUUAGGGCUCAUCAUGCUGACAGAGGGAGGCAUGUACGUCUUCCAGCUCUUUGACUACUAUGCAGCCAGUGGGAUGUGCCUGCUCUUUGUGGCUGUCUUCGAGACUGUUUGCAUUGCGUGGGUUUAUGGUGCUGACCGUUUCUAUGACAACAUAGAAGAUAUGAUUGGCUAUCGGCCCAGCCCUAUCAUCAAAUACUGUUGGCUUUUCUUCACCCCUGCAACAUGCUUUGGGACUUUUGCUUUUGCCCUGAUCAAGUACUCACCUCUGAAGUAUAAUAAUGAAUAUGUGUACCCCUGGUGGGGCAAUGGGAUCGGAUGGAUUCUGGCCCUGUCCUCCAUGAUGUGUAUUCCUCUCUGGAUAGCUGUGAAACUGCACUACACGCCUGGAACGCUGAGAGAGCGCCUUGUUCUGUUGACCACUCCCUCCCCGGAGUUACCGAAGUCAAAGCAGGACCAGGAGAAGCUGCUGGCCAUCUACUCAGCAGAUGGCGACAGCCUCCAUCAAAGAUCCACUCCGAAUAAGGAUGGCUACUUCCCCGUUGAUGAAAAGGAGUCUCACUGUUAGAGACCUUAAAGGGUUGGAAAUCAGAGCCUCUUAGAGGUUAAAGCUCACUCCUCAGCUUUGACACUCUGUCUGGCCCCAUUCAAACAACUCUCUCUGCAAUACCUCACUAUAGAGAAGGGGAAACAGAAGCAACACAGACUGAAGAGUCAUGAGGCCUGAACCUGCUGCUGGAGAUUUCUCCUUUCUACACUGCCUUCGACGUACAGAAUGAUGGCAUCAGUAUUCCUACUUACAGAGUAUAAUCAUUUUUUUUAAGAGUUCGUCUUAUUUGCCUUUUGCAGAAUCAUUUGUACAUUUAUAAAAUAAACUGUCCAUUGUUGUUACACAGUGGCUAAGAAUUUACAUUUGAUCUUUUCUGCUUUCUAAGGAAGCAUGCUCUUUUUUUUGUGUUAUGGACAUCUCUAUUGUUCAGUUAGUCUGACAUGACACUCUGGUUACCUAACUGAUUCUAACAUCUGCAAGGGAGCAAAAGUGAUAUCACGGUCACUUGAAUGAAAGAUAUGUGUGUUUAAAUGAACUUCUGAAAUCUACACAGAGUUUCACAGUUUUUACUGUACGUGAGAGUCAUCAUCUCAGGAGGUAAACAUUUUUAUAAAGAAAUAAUAUAGAAAAGAAUACUAGUAAUACUUUUUUGUGAAUGUAAGAAUUGGAUUUUGAAUUUACCUAUAGCUGACUGACCUCAACUCACACAGUAUGCUGUUGUUUUUUUUCUUCAGAUAAAAUGUUUUUUCCCCUUUGUGUUUAUAUUUUUUGUUCUGCCGAGAUGCAUUAAUGUGUGCAUGAUUUCCCCUGCAACAAUCUUUUUGACAUGAUUUAAACCCCGCCCACUUUGCCUUACCUUUUAGCCUUAUGUAUUGCAUUGUAUGAUUUAAAUGUGAAGUGCCUGAAGGAGAAAGUUUUACCACUUAGAUAGGAACAGAGCGGGCUGGUUGAAGGGUUUGAUCCCAAAAUGAAAACCUCCCUGACCAUCUGAUUUCCUGCUGUACAGUCAUGAACUUCAGUCUUGAGUUUCCUUGAAUGUUGGACUGAACAUAUGAUCAUUGAUUACUGAUAGAGAACACUUUUACACUUGUAACUUUUACAUUUUAAAUGUUUUUAUGACUGAAUAAAAGUACCUUCAAUUGAAACAUA